UGAAUACAAGAAAAGGGCACAAUACGCGAAUUCUACCGAUUUCAAUCAGAAAAUUUUGGAACAAUUUUUUUAUUUUCAAUUUUCAAAAUUUCCAAUAAGUGAUGACCUACCGGUUGGAGCAUGUGAUCAUGUGUCAAUUGGCCCAACGGUCGCUGGAUGGAGUUUUUCACACAUUGUUAACCUAGUUUAGUUUACGUCUGUCGUAUGGCUUGCAAACUAUUAUACGAAAGUGUAAUAAAAUAAAGAAUACAACAAAAAUAAAAAUAGAAACUGCAAAUCUGCAAGUGUAAUGGCAUCCUAUUGCAUAAAAACAGAAGAUUUUUGUAACUGCUAUUUUGAUACCAAAAGAUGAAGAAAUCUUUUACCAUUUAUUAAGCACUUCGCAAACAAGACCCGAAAAAUCAAGGGCAUCAAAUACACGGUAGACCGGGUAAAACAGGCAAGUGGCAGAAUCCGAAAAACAAAAUCGGGAAAAUGUGACUUUAAAUCGCGAAAUCAAGAAAAUAUGCCCUCGUAAGGACAGUCAAUCACUAGGACAUAAAUCAUAAUAGAAUUCGGGCAAUGUGCCUUUAAAACGUAAUAUAUCGGACGAUUCUCGAAAGCGAAUUCAAGUAAUGUGCCUUAAAAGAUACGGUGCUCGUUACAGAAAUGAAAUUACGGACGACCCUUAUGCAAUCAAUCCGGUAAUAAAGAUUUAGUGCCCUUAUUAGGAUAGUCAAUCACAGAGUACUGGAAAAAAAUGUAUAUACCUAUUUAUAUAUAUAUGUAUGUAUGUAUCUAAGUCUUCUUCAAACAAAUUGCAUCUAGGUGAAUAAUGGCUCCAUUGUCGAACGGUGCGAACGGAAAUGAAAACGGGUACAAAACGCCAAGGCAUCCUCGGUGGACGAGAAGAGAGACGAUGGUCUUAAUCGAAGGGAAAAAGAUUGCGGAGGAGAGAGGAGGGAGGAGGGGGAGAAGAUCCGGUUCCGUAAACGGGUCGACCCAGGUCCAUGUCGAGCCCAAGUGGGACUACGUCUCGUCGCACUGCAAACGGAACGGAGUGACGAGGGGCCCCGUUCAGUGCCGUAAGAGAUGGAGCAACCUUGUGAGUGAUUUCAAGAAGAUUAAGGCAUGGGAGGGUAAUAAGGUAAUUAAUGGAGAUGGAGGAGAAGGGGGAGGGGAAUCUUUUUGGUUGAUGAGGAGUGAUUUGAGGAGGGAGAUUAAACUUCCGGGUUUUUUCGAUCGGGACGUUUUCGAUGUUUUGGACGGUAAGGCUUUUGCGACGAACGAUGGUUAUCAGCUCGCUUUAGUGACGAUAAAUACCGACGAAAAUAACGGUGAAGAUGACGAUGAGGACUUUGAGGAGGAAAACGAGAGGAGCCCUGUUUCUUCUCCGGUGCCUAUUUCAGGUGCCGUAAACAUUCGAAUAGUCGACUAUUUUAUAUAUAUAUACAUAAUACUAACAUUUUUCGUAUUGUUGGCAGAGAUGAAAUAUCAGCCAUUUUACCAGGCAGAGUCGAGUCAAGGUAAAUAUAUAUCUUCGGAAAACAAAAGACAACCGGGCCCACACUUCAAUGGAGGCUCCGAUUUUCAAGAAGGGGCGAAGAGAAGAAGGCAGUCGUCGAGUGAUUCUCGAAAUAGUGAUGUGGAAGACUUAUUGGUCAAAGCUUUAGAGAGAAAUACUAAUCUGCUCAACGCACAUUUCGACGAGCAGAAGUUGAAUUUCCAAUUGGAUAGGGAUCGGCAAAACAGCCAGCACGACAGCUUAAUCGCAGCUCUUACCAAGGUUACCGAUGCUCUCGAAAAAAUAGCCAAUAAAUUGUAA